UUCGCUUUUCCUGGUUUUAUGCCUCAAAGCUUCUCUGUAAAACGCUAAAAAUUUAGUCUCUUUCUCACCUUAAAUUCAGAGAAGCAGCUUAAAAUUUAGUCUCUUUUUCACCUUAAAUUCAGAUAAAAGCUUCUAAAAAAUGGCGUUAUUUGGCCGCGAACUGUUACAAAUAACGAGUGAAACUUCGUUUCUCAGUUCUACCACUCACCUGAAGCUUGAAGGACAAGUUCGAAACCCUAGAAGAAGGCGUAAGUGGAGGAUUCAUGGAGAUUCAGCAGAAGAACCAGUUGAGAAGUUAAUGUCGUAUGUGUUCUAACCUGAUAUGUUAUGAAUAGCAUGUGACACAUAGUUGCAGAGGUGAAUUGAAGCUCAGGAUCUUAGUAAUUGUGGAAUGAGUAUGUGUUUAACCUUACAAUUUAUCUGCUAUUUAACAAACAAUAGAAGAUUUGAUGGAGAGUUGGAGUAAAAUAAGCUUAUUUAGCCUUUAGACGCAGAGUAUUUUAACACUAUCAAUGUAUCUAACAAAGUUCUGACAAGUACCUAUUUCUACGGUGUUGAAUUUACAGAGAGGUACGUCAUUAUUAAUUUUUAGCAUAAGAAAUCAGAGGCUCUCUUAUGGAUUUUUUCUCUUGGAAAUGUAUUGUUAGGGGUAGAAAUCACAAUGAUUCAUGAAUCUCCUUGCACAAUUGCUAUUAUUUGGAGGGAAAAUGGAAGGUUUUAUUGAUUUAUUGACGUAAGAGGACUUAUGAAGCUUUUGGCGUGGAAAAUGUUUUGAUGGAAGAGUUCUGAUGUCAUGUAUAUUCAAGAAUAAUAACAAGUCAUUUUGCAAAAGACGAGUGUUUGUAGCAUGUGAAUAACUUUAGCUGAAUCUAGUUUUAAAGGUUGCAGUUAAAAAGAUGUUUUGUUUCAUAUUUAGGAUUCUCUAGUAUGAUACUACCAUGUUAUUACCAUAUUAUGCUACAAUGCAAACUAUCUGCGGAAGCGCAUCCUUUGCAUGAGAAAUAUUUCCAUGGUUCAUCAAUGCAUCAAUGAUCACUUAAUUUUACUCCUUUCCGUUGUCCUUUUAACAGGAAAUCAUUCUAUUCAAGAAAUCCAAGUGUGAAAGCUUCUGAAAAUUUCAGGUGGUUUGAGAACUGAAUCACUCUGUGAAAGCAUAGAUUAUGUGGCCCUGGAAACUCGAAAAACAUAUUUGUGCUAAAGAAUACAGGAUUCCUGAGCAAUUUAUUAAUCCUGAAAAAACAUGAGGGUGACCUGAUUGAAAAUUAGGGAUUCUUAAGUGUUGGGUGUUUCUUCAAAAGCCUUAAUUUGAAACUUCUUGAAAGUUCAGUUUAAGCCAAUUAAAAAGUCAUCCUAACACAAGAAAUGGAGGUGUCCUGCUUUCAGAGAUGCAGAAUGGCAAAAGUAAUGGCCUUUUUUCAGGUCAUUUUAGGUGUGCUUGUCAUAGUAGUGAGUCUUACCAGUCUCCAAAGGUUUUACCCUGCAGGAAAUUUCUUCCAUGAAGAUGACCAAUGCAAGCAUUUUAAUGGCACAAACGAGGGGGGAUAUGCUGAUUUUGACAUGAAAUCUCUGUCUGACAGAGUAGAUGAAAUUCUCCUUAAACUGGCCAAUUUGCAAGAAAAACUCGAAACCCAAGUCCAACAAAUUGGUAAGAACACUGACAAAGUUGGCCUGAAUAUUUCAAGAACCCAGUACAGGAAAUUCUUAGAAGAAGAGAUUAUUCAACCUCUAUAUAGUGCCCAUAUAUCUUUAAGACAGAUUCGCAUUCCAAAGGUUGCGGGUAUCUUUGGGAGAGAAGGACAUAAGGAAGACCCUCUGAUAAACUUCUUCACAAUUGAGGAAAUCAGAAAAUACGUAACUGCCAAGCCUAACAGAUUAGGGAAGGUUAAUAUUUAUGGGGCUCAUAAGACUUACAACACGAUUGGGCAUACCUGUGUAUUGAUGAGAAAAGAAUUGGAAGCAUACAUGAAUUAUGACGUCGGGAGUUAUUGUAAGGAUGAUUGGAAUGUUGCUCAGAAGCUGAUGAUUAAUGGGUGUGAUCCCUUGCCUCGAAGGCGAUGCUUGACCAGGGCUUCAAAGUUGUAUAAAAAACCCUUACCAAUUAAUCAGUCACUGUGGCAGAUUCCUGAUGAUAGGAAUGUGAGGUGGAGUAAUUACCAAUGCAAAAGCUUUGAAUGUUUAAAUAAUAGAAACCCCAAAAAAGGUUUUUCCAAGUGCUUGGGUUGUUUCAAUCUGGGAAAGGAAAAGGUUAAAUGGAUAGGAAAUACUUCAUUAGCAGUGGACUUUCUGAUAAGUGAAGUAUUGGAUAUCAAGCCAGGAGAGAUAAGGAUAGGGCUGGAUAUUGGGGUUGGUACAGGUACUUUUGCAGCUAGGAUGAGGGAGAAAAAUGUGACUAUCAUAACGACUGCUUUAAAUCUAGGGGCUCCCUUUAAUGAGAUCAUUGCUCUGAGGGGCUUGGUUCCUCUUUAUGUUACAUUAAACCAGAGGCUCCCAUUCUUUGAUAACACGAUGGACUUGAUUCAUACCAGUGGAUUCCUUGAUGGUUGGAUUGACCUACAAUUGAUGGAUUUUAUUUUGUUUGAUUGGGAUCGGGUUCUUAGGCCUGGCGGUUUGCUUUGGAUUGAUCGGUUCUUCUGCAGCAGGAAAGAUCUGGAUGAUUACAUGUAUAUGUUUCUUCAAUUCAGGUACAAGAAACACAAAUGGAUAAUUUCUGUCAAGUCCAAGGAAGAGGUUUAUCUCUCAGCCUUGUUAGAGAAACCUCCUAGGUCAAUGUGAUAUGAUUUAGUCAUAUUUACUGCUUCUAAUUCAGGCUCUUGAAUGGGCUCCUUUUUUGGCUCUUGCUAUCCAUCAUUACUAGUUGUACCAUCUUUUUUUUUUCUUUUGAUGUUGUCGUACCAUCUCUUUUAUUGCGGUAAUGAAGCUUAAAAGGUUUUGAAAGAAUUACGUGGAUUAUUCUAUUUUAUCAUGAGAGAUAUGUCAGGUUUUGGAAGAAUUAUGUGAAUUAUUAUAUUUCAUCAUGAGAGAUAUGUCUUACAUUUUUAUCAUGAGAGAUAUGUCCCUACAUUUAGUUCUAUACUAAGUCAAUUUGUCUUUCUUAUCACUAUUGAAUCUUAGAGGUCUUGAAACAAAAUUUUGUGGAUUAUAGUGAGAGGGGCUAAUCAGGAGUCUUCUCUUACGAGGACAUAUAAGCUUUCUGUUUUCUAGUGGUUUUCUUUCACUGAGUACCGUGUUCCAGUUCUGAUUCUGAAUUAGUGCUUUCCUUAAGAAAAGUAAAAUUCAUGAAACUGAUGUUUUUUGUUUCUCUUCCAAGUUUUGUAGUUUUUACUUUCUCUCUUUAUAUUAGAACCACUAACUAAUCUUACUUGCUUGGUUCUAGAGAGAUAUUUCUGAAAGUUUUGAGCAUGAUAGCGUUCUUGGGAAUGUCAUGGCAACACUGUUUGUAUUGCACAUUUAUGUUUUCAGUGGCCAAAAAUUUGUUAGUCAAAGGAUGACGUACUAUGUUUGCUUUUGGUUUCACUUUUUACUAAUGUUAAGUUGGAAGCUUCCCACCAGUGGGUUUUUUUUUAUUGGGUUAUCCUGCAAAGAAAGACAAUUAUGUAGUAUAUGAAAUUUUAUUAUAAUAUACUCUAAAUCUGCAUUUGUUCCCAUCCAGUAGAGUAUUUAAGAUAUUUGGAAAGGACAUUGUGAGAGAAAUGGACAUUUGUGGGAAAGAAACACAUGCCUACAUUGCCUUGAAUGUGCUGAUACUUGGGAGUAUUCUUAUCAUUAGGUCUCUGAAGAUUAUUUGAGUUGUUUCUUCUGCACCAUAUUUUAGUACUAAUAUUUAAUGGUUUUUUCCGCCAUAUAUGUUAAAAGAUCACAUUGGUCUAUUAACACUUUUGGUACCCAAUUUUCCCAGUUGUUUAUCAAUGGUUUCGGUUGCAUGGUCUUUAUUGCCAGGUUAGAAAUGUAGGGGAUGCUUUGGUCCUUUAAGAAGGGUAUUUUUGUACUUGUUCAUUAGGAUGUUGUCAUCACUUACAUUUUAAAAGAUGGGCACCUUGUCUAUAAUCUGAAAUUUUUUAGCAUAACUUUGGGAUGAUUAUUCUUCUGACGCAUGAAACUUGUUAUUAUUCAUUGUUUACGAUCAGAGGAAUGUUCAUAGGAUUGGAUAACAAUGCUCAUACAUGGCUGGAUUUUGGGAUCUAAUAAACACUGUUUCU